GUGUCUUUCCUGCCCAACGUGUUUUGGAAAUUUUUGCAACGGCAGCGACGACCACCGACUAUGGUGACAACCUCGCGACUGGGAAGCGUGUUUGUGAGCCAGGAUGAUCCCCUGAGGCUGUUGGACAGCCUGUCCAGCUCGCUCGCCCUCAGACGGUCGCGUGUAGACACGUACACAUCCACCAUCAAGUACUUUGGCCGUCCAAUCCUCCCACCAGUGGUAUCGCCGGAGAAGCGCCAGGAGAUUGCACUGAUUCGCCAGCAGUGCCAUGCUGUUGCGAGCCGCCUCACAAAGCAAAGAGGCACGGCAGCGAUGCACAAUGCAGCAAAGAGAGAAGAAACUGGGCUCCGCUCAACCGCCGCCGCGGCCACCACACACAACAGCACCGCCGUACGUGAUGAGCGAAACGACUCGCCGGACGAGCGCUCGGUCUUGAGCUCGUCUCAGGCGAAACGCCAUGCGCGCAUCACCUUGCCACUGUCCCCCGUUCGCUCUCGGCCAACCUCACGGCAGCAGCAACCGGGCCGUGCGCCCUCCUCCUCCCGGACAACAACAGCAAUGCCAUCAUCAACAACAAGAGCAGCGGCCACAGAAGACCCAGACUUGGGCCUGUCCCUCCCUCUCCCGAAACGAGAGCAAUACCCACCGCUGUUUGUACAAAUCGCAAACCAACAACAACAACAACAACAACAACAACAACAACAACAACAACAACAACAACAACAACAACAACAACAACAACAGGAUGAGGUGGAAGAUGCUGUUGCUGCACUGCUGUUGCGCCUGAGCACCGCCGGACCCCAAACGUCAACUGCACCAGCCCAACCACACACCAGCACCCACAAAUCACAGCCGCACAAACCAUCAAGCAGCAGCAACAAUGGCAACAACAACGGAGAUUACAAACAACCACCGAUGCACCACGCACAGACCGUGCACAACGAUGGGAAUGACGGGGGCAUGCGCUUGAGUCGUGAGUCUGAAGACUUGGACAGCGAACAAGACUUGCAGCCGCAAUUUCUGACCAUGGUGCCAUCGCCGGCAAAGCAUUCCUCUGUCAUUGUCAACGAGAUGCGCGCAGUCAACGUCGUAGUGUCGUCAGCGGGGGAAGAGCCCUGGAGUGAUGACGACGAUGGCGUCCUGAGUAGUGCUGACAUUUUGCUGGAAACAAGCUCUAUGCCUUCCACCACUGCAAGCACCAGCCAACACCACCACUUGCAUCAGCAUCGGCGUGAUGUUGUUGCCGCACCACCGCCACCACCACCACCACCACAACAACAACAACAACAACUUCGACGCCGGCCGGUUCUUCGCACCUGGGAUGCAGACGCUGCAGCCACGUGCAUUGCAUCUGUGUUUCGGGGACACCUCAUUCGCCGUAUGCUGCGAACUGUCAAGUGCCAGUCCAUCACACGGACCAUUCUGGACUCGAUUGCGCUCUCUGACGAUCUUCGCACAUCGCACGACAAGGCCGAUCACAUGCUCUUCGCUCGCACAUCCGCACAGCUUCAAGCAGCUCGGGAUGAACUGCAUCGCCUCGUGGUCGACGUCACGCCGGCACAACGCGUUCGCUUCCUCCAAACAUACAAGGUGGGAAAGCGACGUGGCAGCUGAGCUAAUUGUGAUCUGGUUGAUGGUGCCUGUGCUCGCAUUUCCCUUGGUAUGUGCAUGAAUGCAUGUAUAUUGACCCAACGGCAGUUACACACCGCCUCGAACGCGAUAAAAAGUCAUCAAAUCAC